AACGGCCGUGCUCCGCCUCUUCGGCUGACUCCGCCGUCGGGGACGAGCCGGACGGCAGAGAGCGCCCAGAGGAGUGGUUGCCUGCACGGCCGGGAGAAGCGUUCCUGAGACCUCAGCGGCUUCCCCGAAGGUGGGAGAGGACAAGAAGAAGGGCGGCAUCUUACAGAGGACCCGAGAGAUCCCGCCGCUCACUUAGCCCUUCGCCGCUGCACUGGGUUUGCAGCUCCGUUUCCCACCUCCGAGAGGGAAAGGGAGAAGGCAGCGGAACAGUAGCAGCGGCGGCCCUUCCCCCACCCCGGCCUCCUCCUCCCCCCCCCUUUACUUCUCGAGCAUACGGCGUGUCUCGACCACGCUCCGCGCUGCCGAAACAAAGGAAGAAGCAGGAGAGGUGGGCGCGAGUUUGGUCCUGGGAUUAGUCCCGCGGCUCGCGCCCGCUCCGCUUCGGAGCCGCCGCCACCGGCGCCGGAGGAGGAGGUGUUGUUUGUUGGGAGCGAACUCGGCCCGGGACCCUACGCGGCCCAGCCGUCUCCCGCCCCCAGAGCCGCCACCGCGGGCUCUCCCUCCCCCAUCCCCCUCGCCUCCCUAGCUCAGAGUCGCGGCCGCAGCAAGUGCAGCCUGGUUCUUCCUCCCCCAUCUUCCUCUUCCUUCCAUCAGGGUUUCUCGCCUUCCUGCAACCAUUAGUCUCAGAGAUGGCUCAAGAGACAAACCAGACCCCAGGGCCCAUGCUGUGUAGUACAGGAUGUGGGUUUUAUGGGAAUCCUCGGACAAAUGGAAUGUGCUCCGUCUGCUACAAAGAACAUCUUCAGCGGCAGCAGAAUAGCGGCAGGAUGAGUCCAAUGGGAACAGCCAGUGGCUCCAAUAGCCCUACCUCAGACUCUGCAUCUGUUCAAAGAGCAGAAGCUAGUUUAAACAGCUGUGAAGGUGCUGCUAGCAGCACUGCCGAUAAAUCAAGAAGUGUGCCUGUGACUUCCUUGCCUGUUACUCAGCAAAUGACAGAAAUGAGCAUUUCAAGAGAGGACAAAAUAACCACACCGAAAACAGAUGUGGCCGAGCCAGUUGUCACUCAGCCAAGUCCAUCAGUGUCUCAGCCCAGUGCUUCUCAGAAUGAAGAAAAAACUCUUGAGUUACCCAAACCAAAGAAAAAUAGGUGCUUCAUGUGUAGGAAGAAGGUUGGCCUUACAGGAUUUGACUGCCGAUGUGGAAAUUUGUUUUGUGGACUUCACCGUUAUUCUGAUAAGCACAACUGCCCCUAUGAUUAUAAAGCAGAAGCUGCAGCAAAAAUCAGAAAAGAGAACCCAGUUGUUGUGGCUGAGAAAAUCCAGAGAAUAUAAAUACUCAACUGCUUCUCAUGAAGAGACUGGUUCAGUGUCUUGUUCUUAUUUUAAUAAAUCCUGGGAAAACAUUGAAGAGCAGAUGCAUGGCCAUUUUCCUUUGAUGUUUUACUUUAAGUUUGUCUGUCUUAUAAUUGAUAUUUUAGGAUGUUUGGAUGUUUGUUACAGGCAGAAUUGGAUAGAUACAGCCCUAUAAAAUGUAUAUGCCCUCCCCCUGAAUAAAAUCUGGUGAUAACCUGCAUAGUUAAAAUGCACAGGUUUUGGGACAAAAUUUAGUUCAUUUGUGCCAAAUGUUAAAUCUGCAUGUUUGCAGCAUUUCUGCCUUUGGAGAAUGUAAUCCACGUAUAAUAUAUUUGACUAGUGUUACGUGCCUGUAUAAGAAAAUGGUACACCAGAAAAAGGCUGACAGUCUACUUAAACUUUGUCCUAUUAAUUUCCACAAUUGAUGUGUUUGAAGCAGAAAGAAAGGUAUAACAAGGACCCACUUUUCAGUAAGAUGAGUAUUUAGGUGCCAUAUUUAGCCCAUGAUUAAAUUUUGUCUGAUAGGUUGACUUUCUGACUUAAGAUGGUAAACGGUUGGAUGUAAAAGCAAAACCAUCAAACUAAUGUUUUCAAAGAUGAUCGGUUCUUAAACUGAUCCUGCAAUGGAAGAUUUUUCUUAUUCUUGCAUAGCAAAACAUGUUGUGUAGCACAAUAUUGUAUUUGACUUUUUUGGGGGGGGUGGGAGUUUACAAAGGAAACAUUCUAAAGGUUUUUCUCACAGCAACUCAGUACAUGCAUCUGAAGUGAGUUGCAAAGUUAUUUGGACAGCUUAAUUUUUCAUGUAUAUCUUCUGUUAAAUGUUUUGGGUUCACAGAAAGAAUGUUGAGUUUUAAAAAUAAGUUUUAAAUGUAAUGAAAACUGCACCCUUCUGCAUGGAAAACCAUAACCAACAUGGCUGCAGUAGACUUGAGUGGUAUCAAACCACUUCCAGAGGGCUGCUUUAUCAUUUUUAAUUGUACUUGGGUGUAGGACUGUAGUGUUCUUGGGUGUAUUGCAUGGGCUGCAUUAUCUACAGCAUUGUACAAUAACAACUAUAGAAAAGGCAGUAUAAUUCACUGAUGCUUGUCUGGUAAUAUCACUUCUGUGUUAUAAUGGAAGGUUUUUUUGUGGUGUAUGAAACUUGUGUUUUUUUAUAUAUAAACAAGUAAAACUUAGACUAGUGUUGUGGUAAUGCCUGUUCUCAUCUGUAAAUACUUUAAGAAUGUACACAGGGCGCUACUUCUGACUUAUUGCAAUGUUGAGUCUUAGUUUCUACUUCACUCUUGAAGCAUUGAGUUUUUGCUUUAAACUUUAUGUACUUUAGUUUGGAGUUAGAUAUGCAGAUGUGUACAGAUAGUUCAUAUUUAUGUAUUGCACAUAAUACUGCUAUUCAGCAUCUAUGCUAUAUUGUAUUAUGUAAAUAAUAAAAGUUUAUGUACAGAGGGAAA